AUGCUUGACAAUCCCUUAGCAAUCACCACCUCGUCUCUGGGGCUGCACUCCUCACACUCGCUGCCCGAGAAAGUCCACGCCGCGGCGUCUAAUGGCUUCUCGUCGAUCGAGAUUGUCUACCAGGAAGUCGUCGACCACGGCUUGUCACAAAGGCCUGUACUGGAUGUGUGCAAUGCCGCACGCUCCAUCGCACAGUUAUGCCAGUCGCUCGACGUCUCGGUGCUGGCCUUGAAUCCAUUUAAGAACUUCGAGGGCCACCACUGGCCGCUGUCGAUACGACUCGAGUCCGCGAGACACUGGAUUGAAGUUGCUGUCUUGCUUGGAGCAGAGCAUUUGCAAGUCCCGUCGCAAUUCGACACUGCCAACAGCACAGGCGACUGGCAGCAGAUGGUGCGAGAGUUGCAGCAGCUCAGCGACCUGGCAGCCUCUCGGUCGCUGCGCAUCGCCUACGAGGCAGUGGCAUGGGGCAGUUACAUCAACACCUGGGAGGAAAGUCUGCGCAUGGUGCAGAACGUGGACCGGGGGAAUUUCGGGCUGUGUCUGGACUCAUUCCACGUUGCUGCGCGGCUUUGGGGGGACAACACCGUCGCCGGUGGCAUGCAGGACGACGCGUGGCCGGUCCUCAAGGCCUCGCUCGCUCGAUUCACUGACUCGUGUCCGCUCGAUAAAGUUUUCUACGUGCAGCUCUCGGAUGGUGAGAGAUUUGCACCGCCGCUGUCGCACGAGCAUCGCUUCUAUCAGGCCGAUUUCCCACCUGCGCUUACUUGGUCGCGACACAUGAGGGUGUUCCCCCUGGAGGCUGAGCUGGGCGCUUAUUUGCCGGUCACGGAAAUUGCAAGAUCCUGGCUGGUGGACAAGGGGUGGAAGGGGGUGGCUUCAAUGGAGAUAUUCGACUGGAGAAUGAGAGACGAGACCAGACGGCCGAUGGACAACGCCAGAAGAGGCCUGCAGUCGUGGCAGAAGCUGAUCAGGGCCUUGGAGUAG